GACACGCGGCCGGGCGCCGGGCGCCGGCAGUGCGCGCGGCGGACCGGCGGCGGGCGGUGGUGUGUCGCUCUGUUCCAGUGGUGGUAGGGCCGCGCCCGCCAGAGUAUGACCCGAAUGGCGGCCGCCGCGCCGGAGGUGUCGGUGAAGAGCGAGCCGCUGGAGGAGGCCGUGCUGGUGCAGAACGGAGACUCGGACGGAGAGGGAAGCGGCGAUGGAGCUGCGUCGGCGAUGGACGACUCGAUGAACGACAGCGUCAACGGCAACUCGAUCCUGGGCACCUCCCUCGCCAUGACGUCGAUGACGUCAUCACCCUUCAGCAGCACGACGCUGCCCAACAUGUCCCUGACGGCCGACUGGGCGGCGCGGCUGAAGGAGCUGGACGCCGGCGCGCCCAUCACCGACCUGCUCACUGACCGGCUCACCACCUCCUCUGCCGCCGUCAACAUCGACAUGUGCGUGGUGUGCGGCGACCGCGCCUCGGGCCGACACUACGGCGCCAUCAGCUGCGAGGGCUGCAAGGGAUUCUUCAAGCGCUCCAUCCGCAAACAGCUGGGCUACCAAUGCCGCGGCACAAAGGACUGCGAGGUGACCAAGUACCACCGCAACCGCUGCCAGUACUGCCGACUGCAGAAGUGUCUAAAAAUGGGGAUGCGCAGCGACCUGAAGGACCUACGCAGCCAGGGCUACCAGCGCUACUACGAGAGCCUGCCGCACCUGGCCGCCGAGGUCCGGACGCCGCGCGCCGAGUCGGGCAACGGCAGCCGCAAUUCUCCAGACAUGUCAAAUCCACGCUUCACGCUUCAGGACCGAAUCAACUCCAUCAUGGAGUCGAAUGUGGUGCAGCGAGGAUAUGGCAAGAUACAAGGAAAAAGUAAGACUCAGCCAGUUUAUGGAGUCGGCUCCGGCGCCGUGUCGCCAGUCCCGGAGAACGGUCGGACGGAGGGCGGUCCGGCGGCCGCCGCGCCCCCGCCGCCCCUCUCCGCGGCCGCCUCCGACGAGCGCGACAAGGAGGCGGUCGGCCGCGUGGUGGAGCGUCUGACCCGCAUCCUGGAGUCGGACGAGGGCGACGGCGGCGACUCGGGCGUGGUGGCGCUGGAGGGCGCGCUGCUCGAGGGCGCGCCGCUGGCCUUCUCGGUGACGCCGCCGCCGUUCAGCGGCACGCUCGACUCGUCCUACAUCACAGAGAUCGGCUCGCGCGUGCUCAUCACCAUCGUCAACUGGGCCAAGAGCAUCGCCGCCUUCCAGGUGCUGGCCUCGGACGUGCAGGAGAGCCUGGCGCGCGCGCGCUGGGCCGAGCUGUUCAUGCUGGCGCUGGUGCAGUGUCGCGAGGCGCUGGACCUGCCGCGGCUGCUGACGGCCGUCACACACCACCUGUCCACCUCCGUCCACGAGAGGAAGACGCCCGUCUCGCGGCUCCGACUGGUCACGCAGCACCUGUACAUGAUCCAGGAGUUUGUGGCCAGCGUGCGGCGGCUCUCGCCGUCUGCCGCCGAGCUGGCGCACCUGCGCGCCAUCGUUCUGUUCCACCCGGACGGCCAGGAGCCGGCCUCGCGCCGCCAGCUCGAGCUGUUCCAGAGCAAGGCGCUGGAGGGCCUGCGCCAGCUGACGGCCGAGCGGAGCGCAGAGCCCGACCGGCUGGAGCUGCUGCUGCUGCGGCUGCCGGCGCUGCGCGGCAUGAGCCCGCUGGCCGUCGACCACCUGUUCUUCCCGGAGAUCCCGCUGACGGGGCCCGUGUCGGCCAACCAGGCGCGAAUUGAGGAGCUGCUGCCGCACAUCAUCCGCGGAGACGCCGACGAUAUCGGCGGCACCGAACAGUCGAGCCCCAGCGGCGACUCGCCCUGCUCAGAAAACCCCUCCGAGUGAGUCGCUCCAGCUCAGAAAACCCCUCCGAGUGAGUCGCUCCAGCUCAGUGAACCCCUCCGAGUGAGUCGCCCUGCUCAGAAAACCCCUCCGAGUGAGCCGCCCGGCUCAGUGACGCGUCCAGGACUCGGAGUCCGCUCCGAGUCCGGACUCGGCGCCCGGGCCGGACCGCAGGCUGUCGUUUCGGCGCUGAUCUCCGGGUCCUGAUUCCGGCCCAGUCCGGCGGGUCGGCCGGACUCUGAGGCUGUACUGGAGUGUGUGUGGCCGUGCGAGGUCCGGUUGUCCCCCUCCGGGGCCGUUCCGGACCCGCUCGGCGAUUGAGGGAACAACGAGCCGGCGUCAGAGCUGCGGCCGGCGCCCGCUCACCGCCGGCCGGCCGGCCAGCCGCCGCCGCUCGGCCGCCACCGGGCUGCUUAUUUUUGUACCUGCUCCAUAAGGCGCGGCGCACGCGGCGGCGGCGGCCGGCCCUGACCCGGCACCACUGUACAAAAUGGCGCCCCCCGCUGGCGUGAUAGGUCGGCGACGACCCGCCGGCCGCGCGGUUUUUCACCCGGCGGCCCUUUUUAAACGUGAUUCGCAUUAUCCAUAUCUCGAUUUGGGCAUCAGUGCGGAACGCAGUGUCCGAGUGUUAGGCGACGUUCGUUUUUAUUCCCAUUUCGUGCAUGUUUUCUUCGAUUAUCACUCACGCGAGCGCUUGUGUUGUUUGUACAGAACAAGGGAAGUGAACAUCUUUUAUGGUCUUGUUUUGUUUUAAUGCAUAUUUUUUACACGGAAAUUGGCAGUGAAAUUUGCGGUGUUUUUAAAAUCGGUGCGUAAUUGUGCAUGUUUUCACGGUGUUCCUGCGGUCCACAGAUGGAUAUUUCUAGUCCCAGCAUGCCUACAUUUGUAUGAAGUGACUGUAAAUACAUUCAGAGAACAUCA